GUGUCCACGCAUGCGCUUAAUUAAAUUUACAUUCCAAGAGGAUAGGAGCUUUUUAUCUCAUUUUUUAUGCAAAAUCUUUAUAAUACCAUAAAUCUACAAUACCUCCAUGUUCAAUUACAAUUUUCAACACAAAAUUAUUGAAAAUUUCAUAAAUUCUCAUAAUCACUCAAAUUUUUUCAUAUUGCAAGUGUUCAAUCACGAGAGUGCUUGCUCCACGCAAAGGAGCGCCAUUUUCUUAACCUUAAGGCGGGGAUAUGUGAAUUUGUUAUUAAGUAUGUCUGCCUACAUAAAUGAUACAAAUUUCGGUCCAAAAAGUCAGUGGUUGUCGUAAAGAUAGCCAAGAAGUAAGCGGAGUCGUUAUGGAAAAUGGUCCAAAGGACCCUCUAUUUGAAGUCCAGGUGUCUGAGCACACAAAGAAUGGAGCAGUUAGCACCGUAAUGGCAAAAUUCCCUGAUUGGAAUAUUCCUAUUAAUCAAGAAAAUACGACAGAACAUUCUAAAGCUGCGAACAUUAAUGGUGAUGACAUUAAUUUUGUGAUUAACGAAGAAAAUUCAUUAAGUUCUGAAAGUGACGCCUUAGUAAUUGAUGAGAGUGUUAAUAAGAUACAAAAAAAUAAUAAAAAACCUGAUCAAAAAUUGACAUUUAACCCAGAAGAAAUUUCAAAUAAUUGUAGUGAAACAGUGACUCAUUCAAAUCCGUUUUUUAAUGAAUCCCUUUUUGAGUUAACACAACUUCAUCAAAAUAACCAGGAAGAUGCAAUUAGUAGUUCAGGAAACAAGUUUGAGAAGAAUAUAAAAAAAUAUAAAAAGAAAUUGAAGCCAAAACAUCAAAUAACAGAAUAUGCUCAGUAUUUAGGACUUCAACCAUCAGUUCAGUUCAAGUGUCCCAAGUGUAGUAGGACAGGUUUUGAUACUCUACCAAUAUUACAAGAACAUGUAGCUCAGUGUAAUGAAGAAAAUGUACAAGAUAUAAUACAAAAUCGUUCUAGCUCUGGAUUUAAGUUAACUCGUAAAGUUUUUCUUUGCUCAGCAUGCGGUACAUACUAUGAAAAUUGGAACUUGUAUAUACAUAUGCUUGAGUUCCAUAAACGAUAUAUAUGUUUAUACUGUUUAGGAAUGUUUUCAUUGUUAGAAGAUCUUUGUCAACAUAUUCAAUCUAAACACAAUCUUCAACCAGGAUAUAAAAAUACUCUUGAUGAGUUUUUUAGUGUUUAUAAUGAACCCUGCUAUAUAGCGUGUUGUGAGUGUGAUAAAUUAUUUAGUGAGCAAGACAAUUUUUUUUAUCAUAAUUGUGUUGGCAAAAAUAAACCUAAGAAACUCCCAGUUAAACAACAAAUUACCCCUGAAAAUCACGUAACAGGAGAAUCUGAAACUAAUAUAGAGAAGGUAGAACCAGAAGUAACCAAGGAACAGAUAACAGACAUUAUGGAUUCCGGUGUUACUCAGGUUGUAGAAAAUGCAGAACCAAGCAUAAUAAAUGGUAAACAUUUAACAGAGUCCAAUAAUGAUGAAACAGAAAUGAGUAUAGAAAAGGAAGAAAGUAGCCUUUCUAAUGGAGCUAAUAACACCGAGUCUCAAUCACCUAAAGAAUCAAUUUGCCCUCUAUCCGAAAAUAUGGAUGAUAAUAAAGAAGAUUUUGAAGAAAAUCAAAGUUUUGAGGAUUCCAUUAAACAAGAAAAUACUGAAACAUCAACAGAUAACUGUGAUAUCUCAAAUAACAAAUCUGAUUAUCAAAAUAACAUUAAUGAACAUCAAGCUGAUUAUAACAAUUCCAUGAGAAAAGAUGAUCAAGAAGUUUUGGACGAAUCUGAAGAAACCAGAAAAGUGCCAAAAUUGUCACUUAAACUGCCUAAACUAGAUUCUUAUGAACCAGAGCCUGAGGAUAGUGAUGACAGUGAAAAACUUACUAUGGAAGUAGACCAGGUGGAAAGUGAUGACAAUGAAAAUGAGAAUGAGUUGGAAACAAAAACCAAUAACGAAGAACAAAGUACAGAAGAGAUUAAGGCAGAAUCACAAGAAAAUGAAAUGCAAUCUUCUAAAAAACAAGAAAAUCACCUUCAAGUUGCAGGACCUGAUAUUCCUGUGAUUGAGUUACAGUUAGAACAACCUUUGGAUAAAUUUGAUCCUAGAAUUUUACUGCAAAAGUGCUUAAAAAUGACAGUUCCCACUUGUAUUUAUUGUAAUCAUGCAAGAAAAAUAGCAGUAAAUGGUAAACAACUAGGAUUGCAUUGUAUUGCAGAACAUAGAUUUUCUGCAAUAGUAAAUAGUAUAACUGCUGAAGAGUUGAUACCACAAAACUUUGUUAAUAGGAUAUCGGAAUGCUUAGAUGAAUUAUCAUCAGUCUUCUUCAACUUGGAAUCCAGUUUCAGUAAUGAAGCAAUAACCUUUUCACAUCUGUUUGAAUGUUUUCAGUGCCAUUUUAGCACAACAGUUCACAAGGAGUUGUACCUACACAAUCGGAAAUAUCAUUCAAAAAAUAUGCUGUUGUGUAUUAUGUGCAAAUCAAACUUUUACAGUUACAGUGAACUCAUAUGUCAUUUAUGUCCCGGUUUAUACGUGUUAGAUUAUGAAUUAACAUUUAAAUGUUGCAUGUGUGUUCAUGAUGAUUUGCCCAGUUCAUUUCGGUUGAUGGUUCAUCUAAGGACAAAACAUAAUGUUUGUGAUGUUUGUUUGGACAGUUGUCAUACCCAACAUCGGUUAUCAAAUCAUGUUUGGAAGCAUAAGUUACAUCAUUUUUGUUACAGGUGUGGUAUAGCAUAUAGAAACAAACCAGACAUUACCAGGCAUUUAUUCUGGAAACAUGGUACAGAAAGCGUUCUUUGUAAGAAAUGCUUACAGAAAAAGUGGCCCCAUGUCUACCAUUUUUGUAUUCCUCCCUCGAGCUUUGGGUGUGAUGAGUGUGGAUUAACUUUUUCUAGAGCAGUUUACCUUAAAGUUCAUAAACGAUUACAUACAAAUGAAUAUAAACAUGCGUGUACAUUUGAAGGGUGCGAGGAAAAGUUUAUAUCUAAAAAAUUGUUGGCGACGCACGAAAGGAAGCACUUUGAACCUUCCGAAGAACCUAAAACAGAAGAAGUUGAACCCAAUAAAGAUGAAGUAAAAGAAGAGGUAGACCGGAAUGAUCAGGAACUGUUGAAGGAAGAUGAAAAGAAUGGAGAGAAACCAAAACCGAAAAUUGACGUUCUUGAAGAUUUGCCAGCACUGAAUCUUUCUGAAAGUGACAGUAGCAGUGAAUCGGAAACUGAGGCUAAUCCUCCAAUUAAAAAACAGGACUCUGUAGAACCAAAACAAGAGACUUUAAAUCCAGAAACUGAACUGGAACCUCCAGGAGAAUUGCCUCCUUUGGAUAUUCUCCAAGAGCAUAAAUCAGCUAUUGAAACUCCAGAAGAAAACACCAGCAUUGUUAUGCAGGGCAUAUGGGACAAUUUCAAAAAUUAUCAAGAGAAACAGCAUAAAUUGGAUAUUAUGUUUAAUGAUCAGGAAAAAACUGAUAAUUCUGAAAUAUCUGUUGUGGAAAGCGAGAAACCUGAUAAAUAUCUAGUUUUAAGUGAGCAUAAUUAUUGCGCUUCCCCUGAUGAGAUUACUAAAGAUACCACAUUGGUUGAAGUUAAACUUGCUCUCACUGAAAGUGUUGAUCAUGAUUAUUGCUUUUCCAAACCUGAAGGUUCUGGAAAGGAAGAAGAACCAACUGUUGAACAGCCAAUCACUGCCGUAAAGGACGAUAAAAAGGAAGCAACAAAAACAACAAAAAAUAGCUCGUCAAGUAGUAGUAGUGAUUCAGAUUCAUCAAGUUGUUCUUGCGGAUCAAAUUGCAGUUGUAGUUCUAGUUCAGGCAGCUCGUGUUCAUCAUCUGACAGCUCUAGUUCAGAUAGUUCAUCAGAAGAAGGACGAAAAAGGCAGUUGUUGAAGAAGGAGAAAAGAAAGGAGAGGGCAAAGAAACUGAAGGAAGAACAAGAAAAAGCCAAUAAAGUGGACAUAGUAUCAGAUGCUGUUCCUAUUGUUAUUGAAACUCCGAUAAGGGAAUCCGAUUUAGAAACUACUGAAAGUGAAACUGACGAAGAAUUUUAUGAUGAAGCACCCCAAAAACUAGCAAAAAAAAUUCUCGAAGAAAAACGCCAACAACUUCUCGAAUUAAUGGGACCAAAUAAUAUUCCGAAUGGUUCAUUCAUAGAAAGUAUAAGUCGACCUCCUACUCCACCAUCAGAAGUUAUAGAACCGGAAGAGAAGAAGAAGAAAAAAUCGAAAUCUAAAAAAAAGAAAAAGAGAAAGAGCGAGAAGAAACUGGCAGAAUAUAGUGAACCCAUUGUUAAUAAUAUUAUAUCACCAGAUAUUCCUAUUCCUCCAUAUUAUCAACAGUUUCAUCAACAGCAACAACUGCAACCUCAAACGCCAUCUGUAGCGCCCAUUACUUUAACAAUAUCAAGAAAUUCCCCAGUAUCCAGUCCAUUGCCAUCUGUAUCUACCCCAGUAUCUCUAGCACCUUAUUCUAAAGUACAAACCGAACCUACUUUUAGUAAACAAGAUUCAGUAGAAAAGAACUUGAGAGCGUCGAAACGUCGAAGAGUACCUAAUAAAUUUUACGGAUAUUCUAGCGAAGAAGAAGUCGAUAAACCUGUAUCUAAACAGCGUAAGACCGAGUCAUCUCAAACCCCACGUUCACCUAUGGUAGUUCCUCCUAUAACAAUAAAAACUCCAACGCCUACUCCACCUCAACCACCUAUUGAACCUAUUUCCAUCCGAACUGGAACACAUCUUAGUGAUUUUAGAGUGCAACGUCCCAGACCGAAGCCUAGCAUUCCACCUAUAAGACUGUUGAGCAGUCGCGGAUUAGGUGACGGAGAUAGCGAGAGCGAUUCCAAUGAUUCUAGCUCGGAUGAGCAAACAACUGUUACACCAAAACCUGCUCAGCCACAAUUGUAUUGUUACUGCAGGUGUCCAUAUGAUGAGGUUUCGGAGAUGAUUGGAUGCGACGCUACCGAUUGUGAAAUAGAAUGGUUCCAUUUCGAAUGCGUUGGAAUUAUGGUACCGCCUAAAGGACAGUGGUUCUGCCCCGACUGUCGAAAAAAGAAAACAAGAAGAGAGAUAAUGCAGCAACAUAUGAAAAACAAUUAAAUUAAAAACUGUUUUGAAUUGAAUUAUGUGAUUGAUAAAUGUUUUAAGACUAAGUGAGUGGUAAAGAACUUGUAGUUUUUACGUUUGGUUCAUUGAAUUUGAAUUAUUAUUUUCCCAUGAAGCUCUUAGAUAAUUUGUAUAGGCGACUCAAGUUACCUAAUAUUUUGUUAAAAUAAAUUUACAAUGAUUAUAUCUGAGAGAGUAAUUUGUAGUACUAUAUAUAUUUUUAGUUUUUGAAAUUGUAUUAAUAAAAAUUGAACCUAUAUUUUCAUAGGUUCACAAUUAUAUAAAAAAAAUUGUUUCUAGUACAUUAUUAACGUUGAGUUCUUAUACUUUAUAUGGCAUAUAGUCUAUUUAUUGACAAUGAAUAUAAAACAUAAUAUUUACAUUAUUAGUUUAAAAAAAGUUAUUUAUUAUACUGGUUAGGAAGUCUUUAUUAUAGUAUUAUAGUUUUGACAAAUAAUUUUUUGUGACUUAGGUAUUGAGGAAUUCUGUCAUCUAGAGGCUUCUUUCCAAGGAAACGAUACUAGAUUAUCAGUUAACAAAUUUUAAAAUGAUCUAAUUCAUCGUAUAUAAUCUGGUUGAAGGUAAUGGUAUUUUUCAUAAUUAUAUAUAUUAUAUAAUGUUCUAAGAUUGAAAUGGAAAUUAUUAAAAAUAAAAAAAAAAAUAUUUAUAACAAAAAAAUAAAAUUUCGAUUAACAAAUAAAGUUGGCACUGUAUGUGGGUGGAAAAGAUUAAAAUUACAAAUCUACAUUUUCCCUUGAAAGUAAAAACUUUUAAUCAUUUCUUCACAAGAAAUAUCGAGAUAAGUAUAUUAUUAAUUUAUCUAUCUCAAAUGUAUCAGACUUUCAACUUUUUUAUAUAUAUAUAUAUAGUAAGACUCCACUUAACGCGGUGAAUACGUUCCAUCAAAGUAGAGCGUACUGAGAAACAGUGCUAAACGAGUCUAUUCUGUGUUUCUAAUUUUCUGCCUUUUGUCAAGAAGGCAUCUAAAGUAGCUUCCAUUUUCCUUUCGCAUUCUGUCAGAAAUUGUUGAUAAGUGAAUAAAGCACUAUAAUACCCGUCUUGCAAAAUUUGGAUCAUUUUCAACCAAUUGGCCUAUAAUUUCAGUUAUAGUAGUCAAUUUUCUUUUUACAAACACCAUUGAAAGUUCUUUUUGUUUGUCUUCGAAAUUACUACUAUCAAUAUUUUUGUUCAUUUCUUGCCCAGUUAAUUCAUGAUCUCAUCAUUAGAGAGACUAGUUGCUGUUUCUUAAAUUAUUUCUUCAACGUCUUCCACAUUUACCUCAUCUCAACUGGUUUGUUUUUCUAAUUCAACCAUUUCAUCCAUAAAAACAGAAUGUCCAAUGUCAUCGCUCUACUUAAAUCUGACCAAAUACUCUUCCAUACUCCUCUCAUUCCAAGAAAGGUUCAUGUUUUCUACAGCAUUCAUGAUAUUGUAGUUUUUCCAAAAUUCUCUUAUUGAUUGCUUCUCUUCUCCGUCUGAUUUUGAAACAUCUGCUUAAAUAUUCGCCGCACUUAAUAAGCCUUAAAAUUGGAUAUAACACUUUGUUCCAUUGGUUGGAUUAAGGCAGUUAUGUUAGGCGGCAAGAACUUGACCACUUCGAGUGGAAUGCAUGUUGUCAAGUCUGAUAAAUUUGUUGGGUGGUUUGGAGCAUUAUCAAUUAAUAUUAUUGCUCUUUGUUCAAGUUUUUUAAUUUCGCAACAUUUAACUGACGAGCAGAAAAUUUUCAUUAAUAUCCAUGAUGUUUUAUUAGACUCCCAACUUACAGGUAAAAUUAAUUUAGAUAUGCCUUUCAUCGCUCUUGGAUUUUUGGAGUGAUAAACUAGUAGUAGUUUUAUUUAAGUAAGUUUAAUUUGAAAUCUCCGCUUACAUUACCACCCAGUAGAAGUGUUGAGUGAUCUUUUGCAGCUUCAAAUCCUCAUACUCGUUUCUCUUCAUGAGAUAGAAAUCUUGAUUUUGGUAUUCUUUUCCAAUACAGGUCUGUUUCAUCAAAAAUAAAAACCAAUUUUGGAGUAUAGUUUCCUUGUUGAAUUAUUGUUUUUAAUGUCGCUGUAAUCUUUAUGUUGUGAAGAUUAUUUCUAUGUUUAAAUCAUUAAUCUAUCCUCGACUAGCAACGAAAGUUUCACUUAGAUCACUUGCCUCAGCCUGAAUGUAAUUAAAAAUUCUUCCAGUUUUUUCCAUUGUGAUAGAUUGGCUUAUAGACAAUCAUUUUUCCAUUUUCUCUAUAAUGUUAUUUAUAAAACGGUUAAUUCUAGUUUAACUUAGUUGCAGUUGCCGAUAACUAAGUAUUUUUUCUUCAAUCUUAAGAAUUGAACUUAUUGUUGAAGUUACCAAAUUCAGUGCAGCACUAAUUUUAGAUUGACCUUCACCGGAAUCUAAUCUUCUAAUCACUUGCAUUUUAGUGUCCAGUCAAAUGCUUUUUUUGGUUGCUUUCUUUUUAUAUUUCAAUGUAUUAAUCGUUAUAGUAUUAUAUAAAUUUAUACACUUACAAUAAUGUCAACAAAUGUUUCAAUUAAUAAAAAUGCGUCCUUACAGCACCGUACCUAAACAACACAACUACAUACACUGUUGAUGUGAUAUUUGGAAACCUAGCGCUGUACACAAUUUCGGGGAAUUCCAGAGUUGAAAUAAAAGAGCGCUAAACCGAAAAAGCGUUAAGGGGGGGUCUUACUGUAUAUAUUUAUAAUGAAAAACAUUCUAUUAUUUAACUUGAGUCGUCAACUUAAUAAUUUCUUGUGAUACAUUGUCUACGCUUUCAUUAUAUUUGAUCAUGUAUUAUGUCUAUUAUAGGCAUUUUUUUGUGUUUAAACACUAUACUACUGCUUCAGAAAGCAACUGACGUAAUUUUUUAAAUAUAAAAAAUUCAAAUAUUGUAAUGGUGGUUUUUAUUGAUCUAUAUAGUCUUAUAUACAGUACGUUUACAAAGUAUUGUAAUUGCUUCUUUUCUGUUUCUGAACAUAUUACGUUCUUUAAUAGUUUAAAAAUAAUGAGAACAUAAAACAGAUUAAAAAAUGAAUGUAGAAUAUUGUUUUGAUAAUUGUGUUAACUAAUAUUUCAUUAACUAAAUAUUCAAAAUGUCCUUCACCUUUUGUUUGGCUAUAUCAAAGUAUUUUGUAAAAUGCAUUCAGAUAAUUUUGAACUGGUUUAUAAAAAUCUUAUUGAAACUAGUUACAUUCUAUUUGGAAGGGUUGAGGAUUUGGGACUGUUGUUAUUCCAAUAGUGUUUAUUAAAAAUACCAUUUAAAAAAAUUUUUGUUGCGUAAAAAUAGUAUUAACAAAAGAAUCUUGCAUUAUUUUUUUUUCAUAUUACUAUAACACUCAAAAUUAUAAACAAAUUAAUAUGCAGCUUCUCUUGAAGAAAUUCUUCUAGUUACUCUAUCUACUAUUGACUUCAUUUCUCCAUGUUGUUCCACUUGGGAUUUUUCCUUUAUUCUUAGAUGUUUCAUUUCCAUUGCGUUUAUUCUUUCUUCGCUUUUCUCUUUCAAUUUUUGCUCAAUAAGAGAAUAUUUGGGAUUUCUUGAUAAAAAUAAUUUUUUUUCUCUUUCUAUAUCAUUGAUCUUAUCUCUUUAUAUUGUCCCACUUGAUUUUUUUUCUGUUUUUUGUUAUUUCAUUGCGUUUAUUUUUGUCCUGUUCUAAUUUUCUGUUGGAAUUGCUACCGAGUCAUAUAUUUUCGUUUCCAUUUAUAUUCGGAUUAAUUUUUGUUAGUAAAACUAAUAGAAAACAUUUAUUUUCUUAAAUAUUGUAUAAUAAUAUUCUUAACCUUUCGAACAUGUGGUAGAGUAUGAUUUACUAGGUAAAAAUUUGUGUAAAAUAAAGCUGCUCGAUAUAAACCACAAACAUACAUAUUGGAUAUGGUUUCUUCUGAAUUCUAACUUACUCCAUAUUGAAAAUAAUCUCUUACUAUAUCAACAAUAUCAAUUAUUAUGUAUUGACUUGCAUGUGCCUAAAUGAGACCUGAUAGUCUAAUCUCUUCCAUUAGUUGCAACAUAUUUUGUAAAGUUAUCACUUUAAACACAAAUAUCAUCAAGAAUUUGGUUAUUGUAAGCAAAUUUUAGAUUGUUUCACUUUGAAAGUUCACCGAUUUAUGUUUCAUAUUGAAACAAAUGUGAAUGGAAAAUAUUGAGAUUGGUGUCUUUUUUUAGUCUUAUAACAACAUUUCAUUUCGACUUGUAUGCAGCUCCACAAAUAGGCGUGAACAUUACUGUGCCAUUUUACUUGUGAUUACAAAAGCUUAUGGGUACAGGUAUUACUAAAAUAUACUAUAACAAUUUCUUUUAUUAAUUAACUCACUUGAAGUGAGUAGUACAACAAAUAAAAAAUUCAAUACUUUCAUCGUUACAUCGAUCGAUUGCAAUGUAUUUCCAUAAUCUUCUUCCUUUAAUACUUUGUUUAAAUGUUGCAACAGCAAGUUAUUGUAGUAGUUUCCACAUCCAUUUUAUGGUAGGUUUUACACCCAAAUUUGGUGUUAAUAUGCCAAUUUUUAUAGUGAUUCUUACUAAAUACAUUGUUUUAUUUCAUAUUGUUUGGUGAUUUACAAUAAAAAAAGCUUUAACAAAAUACAGAAAUUCAAUAACAAUAAUAUAGAAUUUAUCGUUACAAUAUCAUCUUAUUCAAUCAAUAACAAUAUUAAUUUUCCAUACUAAUUAACAGUUGAAUUAAAUUCCUAAGAAAACAUUUUAUUAUUGGGUCAAUAUUAUAUCGUGUAGAAAUAUGGCUCAUGUUUAUUAUUAAAUAAUUUAUUGUUUCCAUUUCUUUUUUCUUUUACACAAUGCUUUCAGCGAAAAUUUCUGAAGAAUAUUUUUAAGUGCGACUACGGCCCUCAAAGAGCCUUGGUCUCGUCCACCACAUUCCUCAUGUCAUAACGGUCCAACGCUCGGCGUGUCCAUUCACUAACACCUAGCUCUCGAAGAUCCUCUUCGACAUCAUCUAGCCAUCAUUUGCGCGGUCGCUUUCACACGUUCUCUUAUUUCCAUUGAGUUGUCAUUAUUUUUGAUCACUAGUGUUCCCAGGUAUACAUUUUCGUACUUAUACCGGCCUACUUCGAAAGCCAUUGAAAAUUGAAAAUUUUUCAUGUUAGGUAUGAGUUUAACUGAGGAUAUUAUUUUUGACUUUUCCGGAAGUGAAAUUCAGACCUAUUUGUGUAAAUAAUUAAAGUAAUGUUGACUAUCCACUCUGGCGGAGUUCUAAUGACUUCCUAAAUAAGACGCUAAUUGCAAUAUUUGUCAUCGAAGCAGUAGAAAAUAUUUUAUUUCAAAUUCAUUUUGGAUUAUAAAGUAUGAAAUCAACUUUUCAAAUUUCUUCAUUAAAAUCGUCUCAAGUAUAGUUUAUAUAAUUUAGUAAUAAAUAAGUGUUUAAAAUUUGGUAUUUGUAUAAAUCUUUAUUUGACACUUUUGAAUGUCUUACUAUUUUGAUAACAUGUAUAUAAAAAUAAGUACCUGUAUAUAGUAAAAUUAGGUUUGUACGGAUAGUUGGAAAUUAAAAAAAAAAAAAGUUAAAAGGCAGGUUGCCAAGGAAUUUUCAUUAUGCUGUAUAUUCAAAUCUAAUCGAGAAAUGUGAUUAAUAAUUAGUUAACAAAAAAAAUUGCUUAGGUUAAGUGAUUUUAAUACAAUUUCUUAUGGAUGUGUGAUAGAUCAUUUUUUAUAAUGUUCAUAGAUUUUAAGACUUUACUGUCUUGCAAAUUUAAUUUCCAGCUGAUUUGUUCAGAAGUGGAUCAACUUUAUAUUGCUCUUGCUCUCACAUCGGCUGCUUUCCAUUUAAAUCAAAACUCAGAUUAUUCUCACUUGUCAUGACUCAGUUCAAAGCACGUUCCUUUUCAGUUUCACAAGUGAGAACUAACUGAGUUUUUAUCCACAAUCUGCACAAGCUUGAGACCGUGAGCUUCAAUGGUUUUUGUAAACUCCGAUUGGAAGUGGGGUUGUGGACAUCACGUUAUCAGAUAUUGUCAUUAAAAUAAGCAUAGGAAGAAUUAUGGAUAGAUGAUAUGAUAUUAUCACCGUAUAUGGAAAACAAUGGAAGGAGCUAAAAAGAUACAUACCUAACACUGGAUGAAGAAAAAAUUGCGUAUAUUUGCUGUUUUCCAUUUAAAUCAAAACUCAGAUAAUCUCACUUGUAAUAAUUCAGUCCAAUGCACCUUCCUUUUCAAUUUCACAGGUGAAACCUAACUGAGUUUUUAUCCACAAUCUGCACAAGCUUGAGACUGUGAGCUUUAGUGGUUUGAACUCAGAUUGAAAGUGAGGUUGAGGAUAUCACGUUGUCAGAUCUUGUCAUUUAAAUAAGUACAGAUUACCGAAUUAUUGGAAACAUUCAUUGAUAUAUUGAGAAUAUUAACUCACAGGACGGUGUUCCUUUUAUUCAAUGAGCAGUGACGUGAUUAUUUGAGUAUAAGAUAACUGAGUGUCUCAGCUCACUUUAAUUUAAAUGGAAAGCAGCUAUCAAUUUGUACAUUUAACAUAGAGGAAUUUUUUGAACGAAGCAUAUCAAGUGUUAACAGAGGAACUUUUAGUUGGAAAGAAAUUUAAAUGACUCUAUUUUCAAUGAAACCUCAAAGCUUUAAAAUUUACGACAGAAUCGAGCAUAACGACUAAAGCAUAAAUUCCAAUGGCGGUCAAAUGUUUGAAGCUGCAGCAUUGACCAUAAGCAUAUUGAUAUAAUUGAACAAGCUUUGUAGCUUUGUUGAAUGCUCCUAUUAAUUAUGAAAGGUUAUAAAAAGCAGUAAAUAUAAAGGAAAUAUUUUGAAAAUAAGAAUAUUUUAAAAAUGGUAUAUCACUAUUGCUGCUUUCCAUUAAGCGUUCACGGCGCACGAUCCUCGUGGUCGCAGCCAGAUCGUUAUUCACGUUGUCAUGAUGAACGUUAACGACGACCCUUCUCAUGAGGUGAGUCGUUCAAAUAAUUAGGGGAAUUUUCAAAGCUCAAUCAAUGCAGAUUGCAACCAUGAGAAUCUAUCUCAUUAUUUGAUGCGGUAUGGGAUAUUAUGAGUACUAUUAAAGCAUUCUUAUGACGCUCUACCAAAUAUUUUACUGUUUUUACUCCGCAGAAAAUAUUUUGAUUACUUCAAUGUAAAUUAGUUCCGCUAAAAAAUUCAUUGACUUACAAAUUGUAACAUAACCUCUUAAAGCUUUUGCUUUAUUUUUUCUGUGAUUCCAUUUAUUAAUAUUUUUCUCGAACACACUAAACGCCUCGUAAUCCAAUCCACUUGGGUUUUCGAUUAUACCGAUCAGGACUAAUUAGAACGGGAAAUAUCGCGGUCGUGAUUGUCGUAAGUGAUUAGUGGAAUGCAGCCUAAAUAAGGCAAUGUGUAAUUAAAUUUAGAGUUAGCCGAAUAAUUAUUGUAUAUGUGUAAAUAGAGACAUACAAUUUUGUUUUUGGCUCUCUGGGAGGAACGGUAGUAUUAGUUUUCAAUUAGAAGUUUGACAAAACUUAUCAAUGUACAUUUCCGAAUAUCCAAAUAUAUUCAGUGAAUACUA